GUAGGUUACUCGAGGAUAAGCUCAUUAUCUCAGAGCAAGUAAUCAAAACAAUCGCAGCUUAAAUACUGCACCGCAGUAGUCGUCACGGCCAAUUCAAAACGUGUUACGUAGAACUUCGCGGCAAGAGGCGGCAAAGCACAAUGCAGAAUCGAUCGUCUGCACAGCACAAAGCGUCUGACGUCAUGGCGUUACUGCCCGUUUCCCAGUAGUGGAACACUCGAAAAAGAACUGCCACGUAUUUCUAAGGCAAUCUUCUCGCCGUUGGUGUUGCUUGAGCAAUAAGAAAUCGUCGUUUGUUAUAGCAGAUAGCUACUCUACUCUACCUUGAUUUUCCGUCCUCGUCCUUCGUUACUUUGCAUCUUAGACAGUACGACUAGGGCAGUAUUUGGCCAUCAGCAUUGAAUUAGAUCCUGUCCCAACUCGCUGCCACCUGGCAUAAUGUACUUAACCAAGGCCCUGGCGGGAACGCUUCCCAGGAAAGCUCCCAACACUGAACGUCAUCAUGCGACACUCAAUGAUCUGGGUCGUUACAAGUAUGCAAUCUAUAACAUUGCUCCCUUGGACGCAGUAGCUCGUCAUCAGCUCGAAGCAAGCAUCAACUCAGGCGAAUAUAGCGGAAAGAGUUCUAAGCUUGCCCCGCAGCCAGACUUCAGCAAUCGUUCGCUCCGAGAUGUGUAUAACUACCACAUCCAUCUACGCGACGAGGAUGACUCUAUUCAUCCAUUCUACUUCAUCGUAGCCGAUCGUGUUAGUCUGCCCGAAGAUGGAGUGUUAGUUGUUCAUCUUAAUUCUAGUAUGGACGAAGAAGACGUCGUAGGCGUUGGACGCUGUGGUGUUGAUAUGGCGGAUACAUGGGGCGGGAAUCUCGAUAUCGGCAAUCAGGAUUGGCUUGACUUGAAGGAGAUGGAAUAUGAAGAGUGGGGUGGUGACAAUCCAUACGAAGAUGACAGCAAAGAUGACGCGGUCACCCACGAGGUGGGCGAGAGCAGCCCUGGGAUAUUGACGUCACGGACAGCAACAGCACAGGGCUUAUCGUCUUCGGGUGGAACGACCAAAAUGGUUUACGGUUGGUAUAGUUUGGUUGAAAAAGGUGAGAAGGAUACAUCCUCGCCUCCACGUACUUGCUUUUCGACUUACUCCGCUGCAGCUAUUUAUAUCGAAUCCAUGCUUGACCCUGAAUGGCUUGAGAGAAAGCCCGGGCAAUCCCGCUUUCAGAUGCUUGGAAACUUCUAUUCCUCGACUGACCCGUGGACCGAGAUACGUGCGUCCCAUCCACGCCAGUGUGUUUUUCGACCAAACAUUCAUCGGACUCUUAUUCUAGUCGCAGAGCAAGAGGACGCAAAUCAGUCGGAAGGGGUGACAAUUGUACGCUUGGACUGGGAUGGAGAUACAAAUGGUGUUGAGGAUGCAAAUCCAGCGCUGAAGCCAGAGAUCGAGAUAUUGUUCAAGGGUGUACAAGUGAGCAUACUAUAUGACACUAAAAACUUUUUUGUAAAAGUAGGAAUUGAAUUCUAA